AUGUCUUCUGCCGGCCACGCAUCCUCUAACGCCCUCAUCGAUAAGUUCGAUGGGGACAACUAUUCGACCUGGAGUCGAUACAUGCGUGGCGUGCUCCUGACAAAGUCAGUGUGGCACGCUGUCAACCGGGAGAGCUCCCCGACGUUCGUGGAUCCUCGAGCGCAGGACGACUACGUCAAGGCCAUCAGCAUCACGUUUGGAACGAUGUUGCUGCACAUGGGUGCGGACUACCACCAUGUGGUCGACAACUGCGAGGAAGCGUGGGUUGCGUGGCAGAGCCUGAAGGUCCUGUACGGUGGAUCCCAGAAAGCAGGAAGGAUCUACCUCAAGCGUCAACUCUUCAGCAUGAAGAUGGACGAAGGCUCGAACGUCAUGCAUCACUGCAACGAGGUCCUGAACAUCGCUGCCAAGCUUAGCAGCAUCGGUGCGAAGAUGGAGGACGAGGACGUCGCAAUUUGCCUGCUGCUCAGCCUCCCUAAGCGUUUUGAGAACGUUGUUCUAAACUUGGAGAUGAGCAGCGCAGAGCUUCGUACCCAAGAUGUGGUGAAGGUGCUCACGAAUGAGCACACCAAGCGUCAAGGGGAGAAGGUGACAACAACCGCGACAAUGGUCAAGACUGAAGAUGCAGCCAAGGACUUCAACACUGAGCGCGAGCCAUACAAGUGCACCUACUGUGGGAAGGUGGAUCACACCGUCGAUCGCUGUUGGUCCAAGCAGAAGAAUGAAAGUCGAGGAGCCCGACGCGGCGGCAAUGGUCGUGGACGCGAGGCAAACAAUGUCCAGUGGGGACAGUAUCGUGAUGAAGACAGCGACUACGAUCAAGUAGCGUUUGCAGUUUCGCUAGAGUGA